AUGCAUCAAUAUGGGCACAUCAUUUUUCUCCGGAGUAGACACUUGAGGUUUUUAGCUGUCAGUGGAGAUAUAGAUUCUGUUCCAUCAUCAAUGUCGAACCUCUGGAACUUGGAAACGAUCAUUGUGAAGGGAUUAAAGGGAAAAGUUAUACUACCUGAUAGUAUUUGGUACAUGGCACGGUUGCGACAUGUUCAUGUCAAUAAUCAUGCUACAUUUAUUUUGGAAGGUAUCAAGCCUGUGGAACUUUCUCAGUUGUAUGACUUGGUGACACUUUCAUCGCCAUGUUUCUCUGAUGUGGAAGAAACAGAAAUAGUAUUGAGGAGGUUCCCUAAUCUCCGAAAACUUGGAUGCAUGUUUGUGAAACCAAAUAGUUGUUUGGGAAACAAUGAUCAUUUUCCGGCUAUGGAUGUUUUGACUAAGCUGGAGUCGCCGAAGAUCUCUUACUAUGGCCCUCCACCUAAUGUGAGUCCAUUUAUCUUGCCCUCUAGUCUGAAAAAGUUCACCUUGUCAAGCUUUCGGUUGCCAUGGCAUCACAUUUCAGCAAUUGCAAGAUUCCCAAAUCUUGAGGUUCUCAAUCUACUCUGUAGAGCCUUCGAAGGGGAAGUAUGGGAAAUGGAAGAAGAUGAGUACCGUGAGCUCAAGUACCUGAAAUUAGAUACUCUAAACAUUGUCCAGUGGGAUGCCUACAGUGAUCACCUUCCCAAUCUGCAGCACCUAGCAUUGCGGAACUGUAAACAGCUAAAGGAGGUGCCUUCUGCUUUUCUAGACAUUCCCACCUUGCAAGUGAUUGAAGUGGAUGGAUGCGGACAAUCUACUGAUGAGCUGGUGACGAGAAUUGAGGAGGAAGGAAUUGAAGGGCUUAAGGUUCUCAUCAAUGGUUCAGUUCCAUAUUCUUGAUGAUCGUCUUACUUGGGGAUCCCUUUUGUUGUAUUCUUCUAAUAACUGAUGCUGUCUGACCAACAAUUGCCCAAGCAGGAACUGCAGCAGCUCUUGAAAGAGAGGGAUUUCAGCAGGGAUUUUUGUGAAGCCUUGAUCAGAUGAUCAUUGUGCAGGAUCCUUAAAUCAUCAUAUGCAUCUUUGUCUGAAUCUCUUGCACACGGAUUAUCCGUCCUUUGCUUGUUUCCUUUAAUGCUAAAGGCCUUUCCAAAAAUUAAGAAUUGAAAGAUUGAAUUUUCAGUUCUACUAUGUACUUGCCUAAGCAAGAAAUAAUUCAACUGAUCACUUGCAAUACUGCAAUUGUGACAGUUGAGUAGACUUCAUGACCAUUCUUCUGACUAGUAUUUGUUUCCUUAGAGCAGC